AGGAUCAUCUCCCACAUGAAGACAUCACGAAGCCUCCACAUCAUGUGCCACAUCCCAGUCUUCUGCUGGAUCACUGCUACAGUUCUGGAGGAUGUGCUGGAAACCAGUGAGGGAGGAGAGCUGCCCAAGACCCUGACUGACAUGUACAUCCACUUCCUGGUGGUCCAGACCAAAGUCAAGACGGUCAAGUAUGAUGGAGGAGCUGAGACAGAUUCACACUGGACUCCAGAGAGCAGGAAGAUGAUUGAGUCUCUGGGAAAACUGGCUUUUGAUCAGCUGCAGAAAGGAAACCUGAUCUUCUAUGAAUCAGACCUGACAGAGUGUGGCAUCGAUAUCACAGCAGCCUCAGUUUACUCAGGAGUGUUCACACAGAUCUUUAAAGAGGAGAGAGGACUGUACCAGGAGAAGCUGUUCAGCUUCGUCCAUCUGAGUGUUCAGGAGUUUCUGGCUGCUCUUCAUGUCCGUCUGACCUUCAUCAAGUCUGGAGUCAACCUGCUGAAACAAGAACAAACAGUUUCUUUUUGGUCUAAGUUAUUAAAUGAACCAGAUCUACAAUGUCUCCAUCAGACAGCUGUGGAUCAGGCCUUACAGAGUCCAAAUGGACACCUGGACUUGUUCCUCCGCUUCCUCCUGGGUCUUUCACUGCAGACCAAUCAGAGACUCCUACGAGGCCUGCUGACACAGACAGGAAGUAGCUCACUGACCAAUCAGGAAACAGUUCAGUACAUCAAGAAGAAGAUCAGUGAGAAUGUGUCUGCAGAGAGAAGCAUCAAUCUGUUCCACUGUCUGAAUGAACUGAAUGAUGGUUCUCUAGUGGAGGAGGUCCAACAGUCCCUGAGAUCAGGACGUCUCUCCACAGAUAAACUGUCUCCUGCUCAGUGGUCGGCUCUGGCCUUCAUCUUACUGUCAUCAGAAGAAGAUCUGGAGGUGUUUGACCUGCAGAAAUACUCUCCUUCAGAGGAGGUUCUUCUGAGGCUGCUGCCAGUGGUCAAAGCCUCCAACAAAGCUCUACUGAGCAGCUGUUCCCUCUCAGAUGAAGGAUGUUCAGCUCUGUCCUCAGCUCUCAGCUCCCAGUCCUCCAGGCUGACAGAACUGGACCUGAGUAUCUCCGACUCAGGAGUGAAGCAGUUGUCUGAUGGACUGAAGAGUCCACACUGUAAACUGGAAACUCUCAGACUGAGUGUCUGUGGCCUCUCAGAGGGAAACGUUGCAGCUGUGUCCUCAUUUCUCAGCUCCCAGUCCUUCAGGCUGACAGAACUGGACCUGAGUAUCUCCGACUCAGGAGUGGAGCAGCUGUCUGAUGGACUGAAGAGUCGACACUGUAAACUAGAAACUCUCAGACUGAGUGUCUGUGGCCUCUCACAGAGAAACGUUGCAGCUGUGUCCUCAUUUCUCAGCUCCCAGUCCUCCAGGCUGACAGAACUGGACCUGAGUAUCUCUGACUCAGGAGUGAAGCAGCUGUCUGAUGGACUGAAGAGUCCACACUGUAAACUGGAAACUCUCAGGCUGUAUAUGUGUGGUCUCUCAGAGAGAAGCUGUGAAGCUCUGUCCUCAGUUCUCAGCUCCCAGUCCUCCAGUCUGACAGAACUGGACCUGAGUAACAACGACCUGCAGGACUCAGGAGUGAAGCAGCUGUCUGCUGGACUGAAGAGUCCAAACUGCAAACUGGAAACUCUCAGCCUGUCAGGAUGUCUGAUCACAGAGGAAGGCUGUGCUUCUCUGGCCUCAGCUCUGACCUCCAACCCCUCCCAUCUGAGAGAGCUGGACCUGAGCUACAACCAUCCAGGAGAGUCAGGAGUGAAGCUGCUGAUGGCUGCACUGAAGGAUGAGCCUGCUGGAGAACCAUGGUUGAAACCAGGAGGUGUGAGGAAGUAUUCCUGUCCACUCACUAUCGACAUGAACACAGUGGACAGAAAACUUAAACUGUCUGACAACAACAGGAAGGUGACACGUGUGAAGGAGAUUCAGUCAUAUCCUGAUCAUCCAGACAGAUUUUACAGGCCUCAGCUGCUGUGUGGAAAUGUUCUGACUGGUCGCUGCUACUGGGAGGUCGAGUGGAGAGGAGAUGUUGAUAUAUCAGUGUGUUAUAAAGAAAUCAGGAGGAGAGGAGACAUCAGAGACUGCUGGUUUGGAUUCAAUGAUCAGUCCUGGAAUCUAAAAUGUUCUGAUGAUGAAGGUUACUCUGUCUGGCACAAUAACAGAAAAGCACCCAUCUCCUCCUCCUCCUCCUCCUCCUCCUCCUCCUCCUCUGUCUCUAACAGAGUAGCAGUGUAUGUGGACUGUCCUGCUGGCUCUCUGUCCUUCUACAGAGUCUCCUCUGACUCACUGAUCCACCUCCACACCUUCAUCACCACAUUCACUCAUCCUCUCUAUGCUGGUUUUGGGUUCUGGUCCUUGUCUGGUUCCUGGAUGUCUCUGUGUUGAGUGUAAAGAGUUUGAUCGUGUCAGAGAAACUCUGACUGGUGAACAGAUAGUUCAGUCUGUACAUGUCUGUCUCUUUCACUCAGAAACAUCUUUUCAGAUUCAACCAGUUUCU